AUGUGGCGAGGCUACGGCUUUGGCAGCAGUGCUGCAUCCUCUCCAGUCUCACCACCAUCGUCUUUCCCACAGCCAGCUCCUCCACCACCAUCGCCAUGCGACGGGCUGCUCGACAUCUACCCUCGCAAGACAUCCUUCUCAACCAUCUCGGGAAGCAACACCUCCUGUGCCUUUCCCUCGUGGCCCAACCGAUCAUCUCUCUACUCCGGCUCCGAGGACGACAGCCACGGCUCUGCCUCGGCCUAUCUCUCUGACGAGGACCUGUUCCCGAUCUCAUCUACUUCGUCGUCAUCCAACCCGAUGCUGGCAGCCAUGGAGACCCCCUUCGGAAGCGAUAGCUUCGACGACAACGAAAACGCCAUCAUCGGAAACCCCGAGCUUACCACCGAGGAGCAGAUCCGACACAUGAACGAAACCGAGGACUGGCGCAUGAGACAGUACGUCCAGGCCCAGGCUCAGGCUCGCGCUCUCCAGGCUCUCCGGGCCGCUCAGCUGGCAGCCGUGGAGCACGCGCAGCAGUGGCGGAAGCAGCUCUUCCUCAACCUCGGCUUCUUCCAAGCAAUAGAUCACCGCCUAUUAUCAUUAUUAUUGUUAUCUGCCUUCUCCUUUGUCAGCUCAUAUGAUACCAACGACUUCAACGAAAGCACAUGCACAACAGCAGCAGCAGCUCCCAUCACCAGAACCAUCACCAUCACCGUCACCGUCACCAUCCACCGGCAGCCAACAAACGAAAAAAACAGACUUCCAGAUGAGUCACUCCCCCAAGGCUUCGGAGGGAUGGUGGAUGCCCAAGGCUCAGCGAGUUAG